GACACGGACAUGCUCAAGCAUUAUCUUCUUUAAAAAAGUGACAAAAUAACUAUGUGGAAGUAAUAGGGAUUCAGGAACAUUAGCACUAAAAGGUUUUUUUAAAUAUGUUCAAUUGAAUACCGUCAUUUUGUUGAUUGUGAUUUUUUUUUAAUUUUGGAUUGUCGCACCCUCCAGGGGGACCCUCCUUUGCCCUGGGACGCCAUUCACCUUGGCCUAUUUAAGCAUGAAGCAACUGCCUUGAGGUCGUAUACUGUUGACAGAAUUAAAAAUUUGGUUGUCUACGUCUCAUUACUCCACAAUUAUGGAGAACGAAAGCACUGUCGACGCUACAACACGGAUGCGGCACCGAUUUCUGUUCGAGGAACUUGGCUUUGUUAAUGAAGAGAUAGUGGCGUUGAAUAUGGGGGCCCCUGGGGAGGCAGCUCUGGUAGACUCACAAGAAAUGUUGGCUAAAGCAACCGAAAAGAAACUGGCUGCCCCCAGUUCCAGGUACUUGUUCCAGUAUGGUCCCAGAGUAGGAGGAGAUGAUUACAGAGAAGAACUGGCCAAGUUCCUCAGCCACAAUUAUCAGGACUCUUUAGACAGGGAAGACCUGGUCCUUACUGCAGGGGCAACACACGGCCUAUCCCUGGUCACCACCCUUUUCUUCCAACCUGGUGACACCAUCUUUGUAGAGGACCCAACCUACUUUAUAGCCAUUAACAUGUUAAGAGAAGACUAUGGAAUGAAUAUUAUAUCAGUUCCCACUGAUGAAAAAGGAACAAAUGUUGAAGAGUUUGAAAAAAUAUUGAAAACUGAAAAAGAGAAGCAUCGCCACACAAGGGAAUUGGGUCCCAAAAGACUGUUUUGGUCUAUGUUGUACCUUAUUCCAACAUACAACAACCCCACAGGGAGAGUAAUGGCACCCGAUCGCUGCAUGUCCCUGAUCAAGCUUGCCAGAAAACACGAUUUGCUACUCAUGUGUGAUGAUGUUUAUAACUUGCUGACCUAUGACCCUGCAGAGCCCCCGCCACAACGCCUACUGGCCUACGACAAGAAGACCGAUCCAGAUUUCCAAGGUCAUGUUAUUUCUAAUGGGACAUUUUCAAAGAUCUUUGCUCCUGGGGUCCGCGUGGGUUGGAUUGAGGCAUCUCCACGGAUAGUAAAUUUACUUAAAGAAAGUCACACAUUACAAAGUGGAGGAGGUGUCAAUCACUGUAUGGCAGGUAUAUUGGCAGGUGCCAUGGAAACGGGGAUGAUGUCACAUCACCUAGAAAUGUUGAAGAUGAAAUAUGCAAAAAACAUGAAACAGGUGUGCAAAACAUUGAAAGAUAAAUUGCCAAAAGGAGUCGAGUUCAGUGAACCUAAGGGAGGCUAUUUCAUAUGGCUGACACUUCCUGAGAGUGUGAAUUGUGAGGAACUCGUUGAACUGUGCAAAAGGAAAUACAGACUGGAUUUCAUGCCUGGAUCAUG